CCGGAACGUUCGACAUCACUUUCUCAGAAUCACAACAUUAAUAUAGUAUUACUAAUCAUUGAGCGUCCAGAUGACCAGGCAUGACUUGGGUGCAUAGCUAUUCUAUACAGGAUUUACGCAAAAUGCGCUGUGAGCUGAACCAGAGAACCGACAGAAGAGCCGAGCUACGACUACCUGCUGUUGUGUAUUUCAUUGGAUUUCACCGGAAUAUCCAGGAACCUCCUGCCCAGGAGAGCAUCACUAACUUCUGCUGGAGCGCCUUCCUGACAGGCUGACCGUACUCCUCCACUACAACUAUCUGGAAACUAUCAAAAACAAGAUGGGUGUUGACUGCCUCAGCCUUGGCCCAUACUGGCUAAACUUAACAGCUCCCUUGACCUGUUGGCACAAAGGAACUGCCAUCCAGAUGGAUAUCAUGAAGAAUCACCCGGAGUUGCAGGGCAUACAUACGGAACUAGGCACAGACUUUGUCCUGCUCACAAUGGCAGCUAGACUAACCCACUCAUUGAUCUCCCUGACCAAAAAUAUAAUGCACAAAAGAGUCUGGUGCUGGAAGCUGCUCCCAAGUGCAUUGAUGACCAAACCAUUAAAAGUAGUGCUUUGGAUGUUUUGGUGUGUUCUAGACAUUUUAUUGGCAUUGGAGGUGACUAAAGGGAUCUUUAAAAAGAAACAUUCAACUCAUAAACAAACUGCUCAUACAGGUGUAACUAUGAGCUCAGUAUCUAUAAAAUACCACUGGACAGCAGAGCUGUCCAACUCUGCUCUUGAAGAGGAAGUGUCAAAUAUCAUACCUGUCAAGAGGCUUCAAGACACUGUAGACAUGGACAGAGAAAAUCUUUCCCUGGACAAUAUGUGUGAAGAGCCACUCUUGCCUUCAUGUACAAACCCACUCAUUCUCUCAAUGAUUUGUGUACCAACUGACGAUGAAGAUGCUUUAAGCAUAUCAGGGGAGUCUGAUGUAUUUGGAGAAUGGGAAGUGGAAGAUGGUGAUAUGUGUUGUGAGAAGGAAGAAAUGUCAGCUGACAGUGGACUGCAAGAGUUUUGGACCCCCCAGUCCAAGACUGAAGACUGUGAUGAGGAAAGUGAUUGGUCUGACUCUUGGGAUGAAGACAGUGAUUCAGAAUGCAGCAAAGUGGAUGAAGACCUGUGGGCCUCAUUCUGUCCAAAAGAUGAUCCUUACAACCCACUUUGUUUCUCUAUGCCAACAAAAAGCACUGUGAAAUCAAAUGACGAGGCAUAUGCGAACACACCAGAGUCCAGUAUUUGUGAAAAGCCUGUAAAUGAUGAGCAGAGGGGUAAUGGAAAAUCUCCAGAACUUGUGUGUGAUGUACAGAUCAGAACAAAGGGACAUGUGGCAACUGCAUGCAAAGAUUCAGCGGUGCAAGAACCUGGUCGUAAGAAGAGAGUUCGUUUCUCUCCUGAUGUCAGCAUACACUGCAUGGUUACAUGGAGUUAUGCACACAGAAUGGCCCGCAAAGGCCCAUGGGAAGAAUAUGCAAGGGAUCGCUGUCGUUUCAAAAAACGCAUCUCUGAAACAGGAGAUGCUAUCAGUUACUGCUUGACCCCUCAUCAUCGUCAGAAAAUCUGGGAUUUUCUCUAUGGAAGAAAUGGAAAUUAGUGUUGUAGUCAAGAUUGCAAAUCUAUGACAUUAUAAAGUCUUCAGAAUGUUGGAAGUGAUUUGUAGAAAUACUUCAGUAUUAAGCCAUCUUCUGACAACUGCCAGUCCUGAAAUUAGACCACAUCUGUACACAGUAUUUAUUUUAUAUUGUGGGGAUGGGGGGGGGGGGGGGGAUUAUAUAAGGUUUCUAGCUGAAUGCUAGAAGGGCUUGGUGUAGGUGUUUGCAAGGUGUAAAAUGUUCUGUCCAAUUCUUUUGGGACUUAUUUUCCCAUCUCCAAAAGUGAAAUUGGAACUGUCCAUUACUCCUCUCUUCACCCAGUAAAUGCCUUGCAGUUCUACCCUUGCCCACUAGCUGUACAUUUUUAUUUAUAGGGAGCUGGAUGCUUUCAACAUUUUUAUAUUUUGUUAAUGAUAUUGUAUAUUUAUAUUUACCUUUUUUCUUUUAUACUAAAAUAAAGCUUUUUGCUUUA